AUGGCCAGUCCCACUGUUCUCACCUUUGACGCCGAGGGCCGCCCGAUUAAGUUCGAUGUCUGGCUUGAUGACCUCCACCUGUUCCUCCAGAUCACUGCCAAGGACGAUCAUAAGACCGCUAAGGAGCUGUACGACGCAGUAGUCGCGCGCUACUCCUCCCCUGCCACUGCUGCUAUAGGCCGUCUCUCACUGUCCUACCUCUUCCCCGACAUGUCCGCCUUUACCACUGUAGCUGACCUCAUCACCCACCUCCGUACCAGUGACCUCCGCUACCGUGCCGCACUCCCCCCAAACUUCCUCGCCAAGAACCCCCCCCCAAUGUACCUCACACUGUACCACCUUGUCACGCGCCUCCCCGACUCCCUUCGCACAAUCAGGGACCACUUUCUAGCUCUCUCCCCCGCUGACCUCACUGUCGACCUCCUCGAGAAGGAACUCCUAGCAGCUGAGAAGAGCAUUGUAGCUGUAGGUGCCUCUCGUGGCGACCCUCGCGCCCCCUUCUUUGAGGGGUGCUCUCCCGUCCCCCUCCUCCCCUCCAUUGCCUCUGCUGCUGCUGUCGACUUCCUCGGAGCUGAGGGGGUCAGGGCUGCGUCUGCUCCUAGUGGGAGGCGCAAGGGCGGUAGGGGCAAGGGGGGCAGGGGUGGUGGAGGUGGACGCGGGGGCGGCGGCGGUGGAGGGGGUGGAGGGGGCGGGGGUGGUGGAGGAGGUGGGAGUGGCGCGGGUGGUGGGGGGGUCGGUGGCGGCACAGGGGGUGGUGGAGGCGGCGAUGGUGGAGGUGGUGGGGGUGGUGGUGGCAGUAGUGGCGGCGGUGGAACGGGUGGCGGGCGCGGUGGAGCGGUACAGCGGGGGGGGUUCGGCGGUGGCCAGAGGCAGCAGCAGCAGCGUCCCGGUGAGACUCCCUUGCCCCAGCAGUUCCGUGAGUGGUACUCUCAGCGUGGGGGGUCUGGGGGUGGGGGUACUUGCCCGUACGUCAUCCGCACAGGUGACCGCACUGGCCAGACGUGUGGGAGGUUUCACACGGCACAGCGCUGCUUCUUUCGCCUCGACGACGCCUGGCGCGAGCAGUUCCCUGACGCCUCUGAGCUGCCCCGCUGGGCUGAUCUGCUUAAGAAGGGAAUUGAUAUCUUUGCUCUUGAUUAUGAUGCUAUCCUUGCUGCUAUGUAUGCAUUGACUAUUAGUGUUGAGGGUGACUGUUACCUGAGUGUAUCGCCCGACCCAGGUAUUGAGACCGGUGAGGCUGCAGCUCUAGGUGCUAGUGCGUCUGCUGCUCCAGGUCCUGGUGAGGCUGCUGCCCUAGGUGCUAGUGCGUCUGCGUCUGCUGGUACCGCACCUACUGAGGCACUUCACACCUUCACACUGGACUCAGGUGCUUCCCGCUGUUUCUUUCGCGACCGCACUGCCCUAGAGCAGCUCCCUAGACCGGUUGCUGUCUCCCUGGCUGACCCCUCAGGGGGUCCGGUCCUUGCGACCUCCACCACUGCCCUCCCUUGUCCUGCUGUCCCGUCUGGCACGCUGUCGGGCCUCUACCUCCCCUCGUUCUCUAUGAACUUGGUGGCGGGUCAGCUGUCGGCCCCCUGCUCGUGUCGCUCCCUGUCGCACUGGACUGUCCUCUGGCACCACCGCCUUGGUCACCCGUGCGUGCAGCGCCUUCGCGGCAUGCACUCUAGGUUCCUUGUCUCUGGUCUUCCCAGAGUUCUCCCUCCCCUAUCAUCCUCGCCUGCUCCUCCCUGUCUUCCCUGUGUCGAGGGGCGGCAAUGUGCCGCUCCUCACUCCUCCUCGUUCCCUCCCACAGAGACUCCCCUGCAGACUCUUCACCUGGACGUGUGGGGCCCCGCCCGCGUCCGGGGACAGGGCCACGAGCGGUACUUUCUGCUGGUCGUCGACGACUACACGCGCUACACCACGGUCUUCCCCUUGCGUACCAAGAGUGAGUACGCCGCGCAUCAGCUCAACCUCUGGCCCCGUGUCUCCGUUCCGGAGACCUCGCCUACCCUGCGUUGGACGGGGGAGGUUGGCGACGCGUCGGUGUUCCGAGUCUGGGGAUGUCGAGCCUUUGUCCGCGACACGUCCGCGGACAAACUCUCCUCCCGUGCGGUUCCCUGUGUCAGCCUGGGCUUUGUCCCUGACGCGCCUGGCUGGCGGUUUUACCACCCCACCUCGCGCCGUGUCUUCGCCUCUCAGGACGUCACCUUCGACGAGUCGGUACCCUUUUACCGUCUCUUCCCCUACCGCACUGCCCCGCUCCCCCCCCCCCCCCCGCUCUUCCUCACCCCAGGUGUCCCGUCGGUAGACCCCCUCCCUCCCCAGGGUGCUGCUCCCUCAGGUGUUUCCCAGGUAGACCCGGUCGAGCCUGUCGAGGUAGCGGUUGACUCUGGUCCUGCGCGAGGUACUGAGUGUGCUGAGCUUGGUGGUGCUGGGUCUGGGGGCACUGAGACUGGGGGUGCUGAGCCUGGGGGUGCGGAGUCUGGGGGUGCUGGGCCUGGGGGUGCUGAGACUUUGGGUGCUGAGCCUGGAGGUGCUGAGACUGGGGGUGCUGAGACUGGGGGUGCUGAGACUAGGGGUGCUGAGCCUGGUGGCUCUUUACAGCAGUUGCGUGAGUGGUACUCUCAGCGCUACAGCCUCCGUCGUGGCGCUGCUGGAGCUGGGGAGUCUACUGGAGUCGGGGCUGGUGGCCUCGCAGGUGCAGUGCCGCAGCCAGAGCCUCCCUCCCCUCAGCGGCUACGUGAGUGGUACGCUCGGCGCUGCAGCCUCAGGAGUGGAGCUCCUAGCGUUGAGGUACCGCCGGCUGGAGGCCCUGCUGUUGGAGGUGCUGGCGGUGCUACUGGAGGUCUUGGAGGUACUGCUGGUACUGCUGGAGGUCCUGGAGCGGCUGGAGGUGCUGCUGGAGGUUCUGGAGCUGCUGGAGGUACUGCCGGUGCUGGUGGAGGCUCUGGAGCUGUUGGAGGUGCUGCUGGUGCUGGUUCGACUGGAGGUUCUGGUGCUGUCUCUACUGUUUCUGGAGGCGCUUCACGGCCGCGGCCGUACUUCGUUCCGCUCCUUCAGCAGGUUCUUGGUCUGCCGCCUCCUCCUAGUCCUCCUCCCUCCUUAGAGUGUCCUCCGCCUGUCCAGUCGCAGUCCCAGCUCCCACCUGCCUUGCCACUUCCUGGUCCUUCUCCCUACACUGGUCCGACAGGCGGUCUUACAGAGCAUUGUGAGCCUGAGUCUCGUCCUGUGUCGCCUGUGUCGCGUCCUGUGUCACCUGCUCGUGCUACUCGCACUUGUCGCCAUGGUCAGCGUGAGCGUCCCCCUCCUGUGCCUGGCACACACUUUAUGACUCUGCGUCCUUCCAUUGCUCCACAGCGUGUCCCUCUGCGGUCACCUCCUGAGUCCUCUCUUCCUGUCCUUGCUGACCCUGAGUCUGACUCUCUUUGUGCUAACAGUCCUACUGUCACGCGUCUCCUGGCCACUGUUGUCACUGACCCUUCCUUUGAGUCUGCUGCUGCGUCUGCCCUAGUUGCUGAGCUUAUCGACUUUGCUGCUCACAGUCAUCUAGACUACGCUGCCAGUCUUGUUACUGAGUUUGAGUCUGCCUGUCCUCCGUCCGUCGGGGGUGAGUGUGCUCUAGGCACGGACGUCCUUGAGGACAGACAGGAGGACCUUGAGUGUCUUGCAGUCGCUGCUCCUCAUCUCAUGUCCAUGCUGAUUGCCCCUCAGGGAGACCCGGAUGCUCCAGACAUCCCGACCCCGCGCUCUUACGCUGAGGCGAUCGCGGCUGAGUACUCCUCUCAGUGUCAGUCAGCUAUGGAUGCAGAGAUGGCAUCCUGGAAGUCCACUGGCACUUACGUUGACGAGGUUCCCCCUCCUAGGGCGAACAUCGUCAGUGGCAUGUGGAUUUUCAGAGUGAAGCGGCCGCCGGGUUCUCCGCCUGUCUUCAAGGCUCAUUACGUUGCUCGAGGCUUCAGUCAGCGAGAGGGAGUAGACUUCUUUCAGACCUUCUCCCCCACCCCGAAGAUGACCACUCUUCGGGGGCUACUGCACGUUGCUGCUCAGCGUGACUAUGAGCUUCACUUUCUUGACUUCAGCACAGCUUUCUUGCAGGGCAGCCUGCACGAGGAGAUCUGGCUGCGCCGCCCUCCUGGCUUCACUGGGUCGUUUCCUCCUGGUACCCAGUGGAGCCUCCGGCGGCCAGUCUACACUGUGUCAGAGCAGGGGUAG